AUGUCGAACCUUUUCCACCGCCUUCGCAACCUUUCGUAUGACAAAAUUGGGCUACCACGGUCGACAGGUCAGGACAGAGACGAUGCAAUCACUUCUCCUCCAGCGGCUACCACUGCUUUCGUAGGAGGUAGCCGUCUGACACGAGGCAGAACACUGGCAAGCGAAAUUGACUGGUAUAAGCACAGAGUGGAGGCGCUAGUGCAUUUCCUCGACCGAAUGGCACCGCAGUGGUGGGACCACAUGUAUCCAUUCGGCGAAAGUGGCAAAUUAGUUCGACGACCUAGCCGUACCGCUGAUAAUCUUCGUGCUACACAUAAUCGUCUGGUUGCCCGACUGACACGUCUCACACCGCGAGUGAUUGUAUCGUCAACAAAUGCUGUGAUGUCAAUUGAGGAGGCGGAGGUUGUUCCGAUCCUACCACCGAGUCUUAUGCGCGGCCGCUCUGCGACAAGAGCAGUGGAGGCACAUGUGAUUGGGAUGGAAAAGCAACUGGCUAUUGUAUUCACUUUUGUACGACGACUCAGCGAGAUUGAGCGCCUGAAGCAACAAAUGAUACUGUACACAAUGGACUGGAUCAAAGCAGACAGCAAUGACCAGCAAAUGCGUGCACAACGCCGUGGAAGGCUGGUCCAGCAUGUACAGCCCUGCCUAAUAGAAAAUCACGAGGGCGUAGCAGCACUCAUUCGACAUUACUUUCGCAGACGAUCAUACCCCAAGAAUGACGAGAAAAUCAAACAAAUUCUUGACUCGUCAGACGAUGCCAAGAUGCAGCUUAAGUACGCCUUCAGUGGGAUCACCGCAGAUAGUAUUUGUUCUACAAAUCGUCUUAUAAUGGAGCUCAUAAAAACUAGCCACCUGGAAGGCAUCUCGGGAGAAGCAUUUGAUGGAGAGACAGCGAAAAUGACCAACCGAUCUUCACAGCAACCACUUUUUGAAAACUUGAUAGGACCUUCGAUAAAGGAAGUGUAUGAAUGGACUAAGCGCUACAAAAGCGAUGAUGCAGAUCCUACCAGUAUAUCUACUGAGUGGCUAAAAUUUGGCAAAGCGGCCCUAUUUGGGGAAACUUUUGGACCGAAGAGCAUAAAAUAUGACCUUUACGAUGUUUCGGAGGAAGAAAAAGAGGAGGAGGAUGAUCUGGUCGGGAUUAGGCGACGUGUAUUAUCAGACCUGAGCCGACAUGAAGGCAAGGCAACCUCAACAGGAGUAGUUGGUGAUAGAGGCCAGCACCACCUGCACAAAUCCAUUUCCAUGAAUGUUAGACUUUCUGGAGACGAGAAUUCUAAUACUGCAGAGGGAUAUCGGUUAAGUAAAUACAGAUCAGGGAAAACACUGUAG